CUCGUAGAAAAAUAUUAUUUUUUUUGUUAAAUAAUGGUGUUUUAGUAAAAAAAGUCAUUUUAUAGGGGGGAAGGCGGACACUAUAAGAAGAAGAUCGGCAUUAAUUUCAAAAACUACAAUGAAGAAAACGUCGCUAGAGCACUCGAAGAUAUUAGACGAGGCAGAAAAAGUAUGACAAGGUGCUGAGUAUUAUGGGGUUCCUAAAUCCACCUUACAUGACAAGAAAAAGGGAAUAAAAUCGAAGAAUUAUGGCGGACAGCCCGUUUGCAUUUUUUUUUUACCUAAAAUUUAUAAUAUUUUGCUAUAAAUAUUAUUUUUUUUUAUUUUUUCUGUCCGACUGCACCCCGUACUAGGGGCUAAGACACUUUGGAAUGCUUAAUAAAUUGUCGUCCGCCUUUACCCCACACAUAGGGGUGAAGGCGGACACACAACUUACCUAAAAAAAAAGGGGAGGGGAUACAAAUGUCAUUACUUUUAGUAUGUAAUUUGACAAAGGAGACAUGGAAGAUUCUUAAUUAAUUUUUUGGGAUUUUUUUUCUUUAAAUUGUAGAUUUUAUUAACAAAAAACUACAAAAAUCGUCCGACUUCACCCCAAAUGACGGUACCUACUUCUAUGGUUUCGACAAAGAAUUUCUGUAAUUGAUUUUAUCCAUACAAUAUGUAGGUACUUAUCAAAGCAUCUUGUCUAGGAAUUAGAAUUUUAUUGACUGGAUCAGUUAUCAAUUAAUAAUAAUUGCCCCAUGUUAGCAACUAUAUCAAAACGUGUAUGAAACUACCCUUACAGUAAAUAGGUACCUACUACAAAACAAAACCAUGUGUGACCAUGGUAACAUAAGGCAUUUUUAGGCAAUACAAACAAUAAUUUUUACAGUGGGUAAACUUGUAUACGUACCGCAAAGCUUUAUUUUUCUUCUCAAAUAGCAGUCAGUCUUCAAAAAUGGUUGUAUUAGAAGUGUAUACAAAAUGUAUUAAAGUUAAAUACAAAGCAUUUCUACUGUCAAAAGCUACACUUGUAGCUUUACUUUCCGGGUUAGUGUCUGUUAUCUUGCCGUUUGUGUUGUGCUCUGAAACUGGAGGUUUUUGGCAAAAACGUGACGUGGUUUACGUGCAACCCGAUGUCAAAUUUACAGGCGAUUUCUUAUUUCUGGCAACCUCAAGCGAAAAUCCACAAGUGAUAAGUUGCAGCUCGUUUGCAUAUUAUAAGAAAUAUAUGAAGAAUUUUGAUACUUGUUCUACUAUUAAGGUUCGAGAAUUAGACGACAACCACGAUGGAAAAGCCGAUUCUCUUCACUUUACAAUUACCGCUGGUCUUCCAAAGCAUUUCAAGAUGAGCUCAAUCCAUUUGGUUCUUCCAAUAAACUAUACCCUAGGAUUGCCAUGUACCUUUCAUACACAAAGUGCCAUCAUAUACCAAAAUUUUGUUACUAGUAGUCUUACUCAAAUUUCUGUCUAUGCAGACUUGGGUUUGAAACAAUCAGAAGCAAUAAGAUGUUCUAAAUAUGACUUGGCAAUGAACCCAGACUAUUUACUUAUCGAUAAGGAAAAUAUUCAAAGUGCAAAAUUUGAAAAUAUUAUAGCAAGAUAUGCAGAGAGCAAAUUAAAAACCACUUUGGACAAUGUAUUAACAACUACAAAUCCCACCCAGGACAGUACUUUCACAUUCAACCUUAUCCUAAAAUACCCAGAACACAAAAUUUACUUCAAACCAAGAUUCUGGCAAAUAGUAAAGUUAGCAUGGAUGCAAUACAUUGCUGUUUACAUAAUAAUAUCCUGGAUCAUACUUCAAAUAAAAACUUAUAUUUUCAAAAACAAUUUAGUGUUGAUGUAUGAGGAUAAAACAAACAUAAAUAAAAAAUACAAUUUACAAUAAAAGUCGAGCUUUAUUUAAAAUUUCAUGUCCAGGUCGUGCAGAUUUGACUCAGGGCCAAGUUUGUUGCGGUUGUCUUCUACAAUUAUCACACUUUUGAACAUGUCAUCCACUUCAACGAAUAAGUAGCGGUAUUCAUACUUUCCUUUAUCA